AAUUGAAUGUUGUCCGUUGUUCAGCAGACAGUCGCGAUACGCUUUUUGUCAGUCACUCCAAACUGAAGCCUGAGGGAAGUCGCAGAUAAGUUAGCCAUAAAAAACAGGAAUCUUAAGUUUAGUUUCCUAUUCGCUCGUUCAGUAUGGAGGUUGAUUUAUUCACAGCAGCCGCUGUUGGCAUAUUAAUUCUACUGAUCCUGCAUUACAUAUCGAAAAAGUAUGAAUACUUUUUGUCGAAGCCGAUACCUUGUGUGAAGCCAACCCUAAUAUUGGGGAGUUCCGGACCGAUGAUAUUUCGGACGCGCGACAUGCCGUCUCACGUUAAAAUCCUCUAUCAAACAUUUCCGGACUCCAAAAUGAUUGGUUUUUACGACUUUAUGAAACCGAUAAUAAUGCUGCGUGAUCCGGCGGUGAUCAAAAAGAUUGCUGUGAAAGAUUUCGAUUAUUUUCUGGAUCACACACCAACGCUGAGCAGUCCGGACAAGGAUGUCAACGAAGACAGUCUGUUCGGUAACUCACUGUUCGCACUCCGUGGCCAGAAGUGGCGGGAUAUGAGGGCUACUCUGAGUCCGGCUUUUACCGGGAGUAAGAUGAGGCACAUGUUCGAACUGGUGGCAGAUUGUGCCAAAGGCAUGAAUGGUUUCUUUACCGAGGAGAUGAAGGCGGGAAAAAGACUCGAGUACGAAAUGAAGGAUACUUUUUCACGUUUUGGGAAUGAUGUAAUUGCUACGGUCGCGUUCGGUAUUCAGGUGAAUUCGUUGAAGGAUCGAGGCAACGAAUUUUAUAUAAAAGGCAAGGAGAUGCUUAAUUUUCAAACAGUUAAGAUUCUGUUUAAAUUUUUUUUGCUGAGAGGAUUGCCUCGGUUGGCGCAAAAAUUGGGAAUCGAUUUUGUGGACUCCAAUCUAACAAAUUAUUUCAAAGGAGUGAUCAUUGACAACAUGAAGCAGAGAGAAGCUCAUGGAAUUAUACGCAACGACAUGAUACACAUGCUAAUGGAAGUUCGAAAAGGAGCACUGAAACAUUCGAAAGAUGAGCAGGAUCAAAAAGAUGCGGGCUUUGCCACAGUCGAAGAGUCCAGUGUCGGAAAGGCAGCACAUUCUCGGGUGUGGACUGAAAACGAGUUAAUCUCGCAGUGUUUCUUAUUUUUCCUGGCUGGAUUCGACACCGUCUCUACGUGUAUGACAUUCCUAACCUACGAAUUGGCGGUAAAUCCGGAGAUUCAGAAUCGGCUGUAUGAAGAAAUUCUGCAGGUCGAACAAUCUCUCAGCAAUAAACCAUUGUGUUACGAAAUGUUACAGAAAAUGACGUACAUGGAUAUGGUUGUAUCGGAAGCACUUCGCCUAUGGCCUCCAGUACCAGCUGCUGAUCGAUUCUGUGUCAAAGACUAUCUUUAUGACGAUGGCAUUGGGACACAAUUUGUAAUUGAGAAGGAUCAAACCGUUUGGAUUCCAACAGUUGCCAUCCAUAGAGAUCCGAGAUAUUAUCCGAACCCUGACAAGUUUGAUCCGGAGCGUUUCAACGAGGAAAACCGGUCGAAAAUCGAUAUUGCAACGUAUUUUCCAUUUGGAGUUGGCCCCCGUAACUGUAUCGGAUCUCGUUUGGCACUUAUGGAAGUUAAGCUGAUGUUGUUUUACCUGCUGAAGGACUUCAAGUUGGAGCCAACUGAGAAAACACAAAUCCCCCUGCGCUUGCUGAAAAGUAUGUUUACUAUCCAGGCGGAACAUGGCGUUUGGUUGGAAAUCAAAGCGAGAACCUGAUUCGAUAAAUUCGAAGUAAUGCAAGAUUCUAGUAAAACGGUGGAGGAAAAUAUGUAAUAGAAUCUAUCUCUUAUUCAUGAACUUGUUUGUGACAUAAUAUGUGUCGAAUAAAUUCAUGGAAGUGAAAA